UGGCCGUCCAAUUGAGCGAAUUGGUUAAAGGAUGCCAAAUCUGAGCGCUGGGAGGCUUGGGGGCCUGUCUUUUUUGUACCUGUCCAUCGCGUGGCCUCACUCGAUCGGCAAAAACAACACCUUUUCCUUCUUCGUGUCAUCAAGCAGACUCAAUCAUCCACGUAUACGUCUUCGAUUCAUUCUUUUCUUUAGCUUCUCAUUCAUACUCGUGUGCCUUGUAAUUCAGCCUUCACAUUCAUUCGGGCGAUAUGGCCAACACGCGCCAAUAUGACAUUGUCCUUCUGGGCGCGACGGGAUACACUGGCAAGCUGACCGCCGAGUAUAUCACGUCCAGUCUUCCAACCAACAUCAAAUGGGCUGUUGCUGGACGCAAUCAGUCCAAGCUACAAUCUCUGGUCGAUGAGAUGAAGUCGCAAAACUCGACGCGGUCAACUCCUGAUAUCAUUACUGUUGCCAGCCUGUCCACCCCUGAAGUCAGCACGCUCGCCAAGAAGACUAAAGUGCUCCUCAACACUGUAGGCCCCUACCACCAGUACUCAACUCCAGUAGUGGAAGCAUGUGCCCAAACAGGCACCCACUAUAUCGAUGUCACUGGUGAGACACCAUGGAUCAGAGAUAUCAUCGUCAAGUACGAAGCGACUGCAAAAAAGACCGGCGCCAUCAUCAUCCCUGCUAACGGCGUUGAGUCCGCUCCCUCAGACCUAAUAGCCUACAUCGCCACACGCCUUAUUCGCAAGGUCUGGGAUUGCGGCGUCAUGGACGUUGUGGCUUCAGUACACGAAUUGAAGAGUUCUGGUCCCAGUGGCGGCACGCUGGCAACUGGCCUGGGCCUGAUGGACCAUUACUCAGCCGGCGCCAUGAAGGAGUGCCUCCAAAAUCCAUUCAUCUUGUCGCCGACACAACUCAAGCCUUACACAAAAGACACCAUUUACCCACGCAACCCGGAGCCAAACACGUAUAUUCGGACGCCGUGGCAGAAAUGGACCGGUGUCUGGUCAUAUCCACGAUUGGGUCAUCUAACCACCUCGAUCACGGCUAAACCAAAUAUGGCCAUUGUCCACCGCUCCGCUGGCAUGACUCCCUACUUCUACGGUUUCAACUUCAGCUAUGAGGAGUACAUGGCAGUCGGCAGUCCUUUGGUUGGCGUGCUGAUCCACAUUGCACUGGCGCUUCUCACUCUCUUCCUCGCUUUCCCGCCAACACGCGUCAUCAUGAAGCUGCUCACCACGUACAAGCCCGGCUCUGGUCCCAGCAAGGAGUCGACGAAGGGCGACGUCUUCGAGUUGCGUGCGAUUGCCGUCGCCGAGCAACUGGCCAAACAACCACGAAAGGCCUUGGCUACAUUCCGUUUCGAAGGCGGUGUCUACGAACUCACGGCAAUACUUUUAGCUGAAGCUGCCGUGGCACUCUUGACAAAAGAAGAGGAAAUCAAGAAGAGUCAUGGUGCCGGGUUCCUGACACCGUCCUGCUUGGGCAACGAGUAUCUGGAGAGACUGGAAAAGGCAAAUGUGAAGAUUGGCGUCCGACAGAUUGGUGAUGUUGGAAGCAAGUAGAGGAAGAAACAGCAUUCGGGCCAAAAAGCCCAGAAUGCUCUCUUUGUAGGUCAAGGACGGUGCGAGUGGCGUCGAAACCUGGUCAUAGCCGGGCUGUGCUGCACAUUGCGAUGGAGCAAAGACUGUAGGCGCGACGAAAAGACUUUGCGAGAGAGGUAUAGCGAUUGUGAUACUCGACGAGACUGAUGAGCUCUUUGGGACACUUCUUUCAGCACGCAUGCAAGGCGGUGGUUUGUGUAUUGUAGAAUUGGAGCACGGAAAAUAUGCGAAUAUGUCUUGCCUGAUCUUU